CUUGAAUGAGAGGCUGGGUGGUGAGGUGCUGAAGCUCGUUGGUUGGAGGCACUGGGGAAAAAAGAAGACAAGGGAAUAAUUAGUGACAGGUAUCCAAAGCACAAAAAAAGUCUACUGAUACUGAGAAGCCGAUCUACCACGGUGUAGGCGGAAAUAAUCUGGCAGCUUGGGAGAGUUGAACCAAUGCUGCAGCCGGUGAUUACAGAUGAUGAACAGGACGGGAAGGAUGAAGUGAGUGAUGAUGACACAUAUCGUUGGAGGAAACCCACAGCAUCAUAGCCAGACCGGUCCCAUGAUGCUCCCUGAAUCCACCUGUCAAGCCCAGACUGACGACCCAGGAGACAAGGGAGCGAGAGAGCGGUACUCGUUUUUAUAACCUCUGGCAGGAGUGGAAGACGUAAACAGCUCCCUUACUUAAGAACAAAAAAAAAAAAUAGGGCAACACAGAUAUACUCCACAGACAUCAAAAAUACUGCAGAAGAUCCUCCCCUCCUGGUCAGCGUCAAAUCUAGGACAUGGUGGAGAACUUAUAAAGGACUCCUGCCAUAAAACGCGUUAAUGUUUGAAACACACCGCAUCACACUUACGACAGAAGAAUAUUACACACCGGUCAUUUGACUGGAGAAAUCUUGUAUUCUCACUUCUGGACAAAAAUAUGCCUGCAGAUGAUUACAAUUGAUUCAAUCUGCCAUCUCCAGAGACAAAGCAUCUUGGCAAAGCUCUUCACUCCUCCGUCAGUGUGAUUAGCCCCUCAGGAACGUGUGUGUGGCCUGAGGUAGAGCCAGCGGCACAGAGAGAAUCAUGGAGAGAAAUGCAUCCUUACCACUCAACUCCACCUCGAUCCCAACUCUGUUCCCCUUCAAUGUAACCGCUGACAUCAACGCCACAGUGAAGCCCUUCAGUGUGUUUGACGGCUGUGAUAAUCAGGUGGAGGGCAUCCUCUUUGACCUAACCGUUCAAUGCAUCAACGUAGUUGUCGGAAUCCCUGCAAACAUACUUGUCAUUGCAAUCCUCAUCCACAACCGCAAAGAUCCCUCCACCUCAGACAUUUUCCUGGGCUGUCUAGCCUUCAUGGACGCCUACUUCGGUGUCAUGACCCCUAUCAUUUUCCUUAACCUUUACCACUGGCAGAGCAAGGGGGUGUGGUCUUCCAUUAAGUUCUCUUACGGUGUGAAAGACACCAGUGGGCCGUUGUUUCUUUCCUGUAUCUGCCUGGAUCGCUUUAUAGCUGUGAUCUUUCCAAUCAUGUUCGGGCAGCUUAAACACAUAAAGUACAGGUUGAGCCUCACCAUUCUGGUCCUCUGCCUAACCUUUGCUUACUCAGCAGCCAAGGUUGUUGGUGGCUUCCCCAACUUUGAGAAAGUGUUCACCGGUGAGGUCCUGGCAACAUUCAGCUGGAUGGUUAUGUGUAACGGAACCAUCCUGUGGACACUGAAGAAGUCCCGUGGAGCAGGAAAAGAUGAGAUGCACCCCAUGAAGAAAAAGGCCUUCAAGAUGGUGCUCUCCAUCCUUUGUAUCAUCGUGUUUAACUACUUACCACUUGUAGCGCUGUUUCCCUCUGAAGACUACUACACCCCCGAUGGGUUUCGUUGCUAUGUACAGCCUGUGGGCUUCGCUUUCCUCAACAUCAGUAGCACCAUCCAGCCACUUGUCUAUCUGUCUCGUCUGGAAAAGGUUCCUUUUCUCCCAGAAACCUGUGUGAAGAAGUGGUGCCCCUGCGUCUGUGCAGAGCCCAACAAAACCCCACCUGCUCAAAACCAACAGCCUUAGCUUUUGAAGAUAUAACGCACAUUGAACCUUGGUGAUAAUUUUCCUACAAUGGUUCUAAAGAAAUGCUGCAAUUCAAUGCAUUUGUUUUGCUGUGACUGAUCUAAUUUUGAGAUAUAUUUCAAACGUUUGUUUUUGGUGAAAAGAUAAUUAUGUUAAGUAACACAAAGCAACCUUAGAACUAUGCAUCAAGAAUGAGUCAAAGGUGGAAAAUCAACAGUUUAAUUUCAAGUUUGCUAAGACUGAUCAUGUUCUUGAUUGACUUUUACCAAAUGAGGUUUAAGUGUUAAAAGUAGUCCUCACUGUAAUAAAAUCCUUCAUAAUAAAUGUUUGACUUUGGCGCCAUCAUGUGUACAAAGAGAUUAAUUAACAGAACUGUACAGGCCAAUCCCUCUUACCCACUCAAAUUUACACAAUGAUCAGUGUAUAUGUGUAUGAUUGAAUUUGAUAAAGUGCAUGUUGAUUCUUUUGCAGAGGUGAAUUUGCAUGAUGUGGUUAUCAUCCAUUUAUGAAACAUGGAACACCUGCUCAAUUGUGUCACUCAUUGGAUAAAGGCAGACA